ACUUUCAACGGUUUGGAACAAACGGCGAACGUCGUCCAGCCAAGAAGAGAGGGAAUGAUAGAAUUCUCGUUAGAUUUACUAUUUAAAUAGAAUUUUUUAAUAUAUAAAUUAGCAGUCAUAACAAGGAGUCUUGCGCCUUUUCUUUACCAGCAAAAUGGUCUACCCGAAGCGCUUUUACCGUGUUCGUCGAUCUUAUCGUGAACCUUUCGUGCAUUUACCAGAUGAUGCUUUACUGCUUGUUUUUCAGUAUCUUUCUGUGAAAGAUCUUUAUAAGAUGCGAUUGGUUUGCCGCCGUUUUAAUAAUUUGAUCUUGAAUACACCUAGUUUAUUCAUUCACGCAUCUUUCGCCGGAAUCUGGCCUUCUCCAAAUAAUUUACCAAUAUUUGUGAGAGCCACCUCAGUUGGCAACAUUGAAACUGCUAUAAAGUUAGGAAUAAGUUACCUUUAUAAUGAAGGAGUUUCCAACAAUUAUUCAAAAAAGAUAACGUCCGCAGCCAAUGAAAAAAAUGCCAAAAAAGCAACAGAGUAUUUCUGUCAAGCUGAGAAUAUCACUUCCAGUAGUGUGGCAUUCAUUUGGACGUUUAUUCGACCCCCCUGGGCACCAGGGAUCAUGUGUUGCAAAAGACAUGUGUUUGAAGGCAUACGAAAAUAUUGUGAGGAGAAAGAGGAUGCCUCUCCAUCUCUCCUUUAUUCAGUGGGGAAAAUAAUGAGUUUGGUUGAGAAUGCAGAUGGUGAAACAGACUAUAAAGCUAAUGCAAAAUUCUGGCUUGAGAAAGCAGCGCAACGUGGCAGCAAUGCUGCAAAAUUUGAACUUUGGAAAAUUAGAAAUAAGUCAAACACUGAUCCAUUCUUCAACUUACAACAACUACGUGACCUAAGGGAAUGUUUACCACACAACAAAGAAGCAGAAUUAGAACUAGCGAUGAAUUAUGCAGCUGGAAAUGUUGGGAAUUUAGAUAGAGAGACUACGGCAUUGUAUAUUAAGCAGUUUAUGGCUAACUCACGUCCUUGUCGGAUACGUGGUUUAUUCAAAUUUCAAUUGGAGGUCACCCGUGUUAUGAGGUACAUUCUUGUGGAUUGGCUAGUUGAAGUCUGUACAAUGAAGAAUUUCAGUGGCCAUGUAUUACACGCAGCUGUGUCGUAUGUGGAUCUAUAUCUCCAUCGAAGAAAGAGCCAUCGUAGUGAACUGCAGUUGUUAGGCAUUGUCUGCAUGCUUAUUGCUUCGAGAUUUUUUGAGAAGAAUAUUGUCACAAUUCGUGAGUCCUCAUGGUUGACUGAUAACACAUAUUCCUAUGAGCAAGUUGUGAGAAUGAUAGGUGAAGUCAUGAGCUGUUUAAGAGGUGAAACACAGGUUCUAACUCUUCCAAAUUAUGUGAGAUUAUCCUGUGAACUCAUGAAGGUUGAACGAAAAAUAGAGAAUUUAGCAUCCUAUAUUGCUGAUAUGUCUUUAUUGAGAGUGACCACAGGAAGACAUUCCUGUGCAGUCAUGGGAUUUUCUUGUACAUUAUUAGCACAGUUAAUAUUUUAUCCAGAAGCAUCAUGGUGUCCAAGUUUUGAGAUCUAUCUUCCAUUCCAGAGAAACACAGUUCUCUCUUGUAUGGUCUAUCUUUUUGAGACUUGCCUAGCAGAAGAUUGUCCAAUGGAUAUACAGAAUGGACGACUUAAAGCCGUCAAAGAAAGAUAUGAAUCCCCUAAUUUUUCAAGUGUGAGCAACUUAAAGAUGCCUUCCACAGAGGAGAUAAGAAAUUUGAUAAUUUCCUUUCGGAUACUUGAGCAUAACACUGAUCAAUUGCCUGAGGACUCAUUGCCCAUAUUGAAUAUGAGCUCUACUAGUGGAUAUGAUGGAGAUGAGGAGGACUUAGGAGAAAACAUGGAUAGUGAUGAUGAUGAAGUGAUGGCAUGGUAUGAUGAUGAAUUAGAAAGGGUAGAGGAUAAAUCAAGCCCUAAGGCAACUUCAAAGAACACCCCUGAUGAACAGCAUAGAGAAAGAUCAACACCUAGUUUUCUCUCACCAAGUUGGUUUCAAGAUGUUGUUAACCAGUCGGUGUUAACUAGUACCGGUAGUCGACGCGUAAACAGUGUUGGGAACGAGAGUUCUGUCAGAAAGGAACACAAUUCUGUCUGCACACCAGCAAACGUGCAUCGUCGGCCAUUAAUAGAUGUUAAUAAUAGACCACAUUCUUCAGAGAAUUCAGAAAAACGUGCCCAGUUUAGACCAAUCGACAAUACACCCACUCAUGAAAAUAUGGAUAUGAACUAAUAAUAAUUGCCAAAUUAUAGAUAUUGUAUAAAUGUAUAUAAAUAUUUUUCUAGACACUUUUUAAAUUGAACAAAAAAAUAUUUGUACAGCCAUCUGUAUGCUUUCCAUGAAAAAAGUUGUUUUAAGCAGUUUCGACUUGCUUUUAGUGCCAAUGACAGAGUUGAUGUACACUGAUUACUUUAGACAUUAUUCAAAUUUGUAAUAAAUCCUUUAUGGUAUUUAUA